UAGAUUUUAAUUUUUUCUGUGUAUAUUAAGAACAUUAAUUGUUUUUACUUAUAUGAUGUACAACCCAGGAACAUCCUUGACAACAAGAUACAAUUCUGUAAUAUUGAUAAAUCCAUUCUAUCCACAGGCUGCAAAAUUGAUGAACUGGGCGAAAGAGAAUGAAGAAAUGUUGAGCACAUAUACGCAAAGAAGUUCUCCGGAAACAACUUCAUCGCCAAUUCUUAUAUCACUAAAUGAUGAGGCUAUACCUAUAGGAAAUAUCCAAGCACAACCUGCGAUGCAAUCUUUUCAUGUUGAAGGUAAAAUAUCGUUGCUGGAUGAUGCGCAACUGUUUUAUGAGUUAAUGUGUUCAAAAUGCAAGAACUUUUUUAGGACCAAAAAUAAUAAAGGCUAUUGAUGUGUAAAGCGUGAU